CUUCCUCUCAUAGACGAGGUCAUCUCAGAGCGCGACUUGUACAAAGCUUACAGUCACGUGAACACUAUCGUCUUUUUCAUUGGUUACCCACGAAGUCGUCACAGCCUCCUCGGCUCACUAUUGGACGCUCAUCCGCACAUGGUUAUUUCAGACGAGACAAUGGCUUUUAAUCGAUGGAAAGCGAGAACAGAUCAGUGGAUGCAGCACUCAAUAUACGCUUAUUACGACACGAUGUUUAGGGCUUCACAUCGCGCUGUUUCACACGGUAGAAGAUCACGUGUGUUUAACGAUACCGUCGUAAACAAGUCGUCCGCAUACGGAUAUUUUGUCCCAAAUCAAUGGCAAGGAGCAUUCGACACGUACAUUGAGGUAAAACAGUUCUCAUUUUUCUUUUUAUGUAUCAUGCCGUGAGAGUUGUAUUGUUUUAUUGAUUUCCCCAAUGGAAAAUUUGAAUACGGGCUUUAGAGAUCGUCGAGAGCGCGUAUGAAAAUAAAAACCGCGGGGGAUUUAUUUACCGCUAGUGCAAGGAGGUGGAGUGGACACUCCGCGUAAAACAGCCUCUUAAAAGCAUUCUUUCAUCAACAGAUAAUCGGUGAUAAGUCGGGAGCCUUUACAGCUGGUGCGAUGACCUCGGAGAAUGGAGUUGAUGCAGUUCACCUUUUGGAGAAAGCGUCCGGAGCCCAAGUGAAAUUUGUUCAUGUUGUGAGAAAUCCCUUUGAUAACAUUGCGACCAUGACCCUACAACAUAGACAGGUCAAAGGUCGGGAUGGGACUCAUGAAACAAAGGUAAGCUGCAGUGACGUGUAUAUAACGUACAGGCUCUGGAUCAAAUCUGAGUCCGUUCAACAAAAUAGAAAAAGAAAGUAGAAAAAAAGCAGGCCAAUGAACAGUAUGGCAAAUUCGUUCCCAGGACUUUAAGCUAUUGUGAGGGAAAGGCCGCGGGGCCUGGGAACGGUUGGGGGGUUAAUUAUAAUUCGGCCUAGGGUGGAUUUAUACUGAUGCGUAAUUUUUGCGUGCGUGCGCACGUAAAUUUCAUGCGACAGUGGAAUCCACCUUAAGAGAAGAACUGAUUGAAACAAAAUAAAUAGAUAAAUAAAUAAAUGCUUUUUAAACAUAUUCCUUCCCCGAAAUGACUUAGAUGGAUAACCGAGGGAAUAGUCUUAUCAGAGGAUUAUAAGCACUUAUCGUCUUAUCGUUUCUUGUUAACAUUAUCAUCUUCUUUCUGAUGUAUUUUAGCAGAUCAAUGCUCCUGAGAUACUUGACGAAAAAAUAAGCCAGUAUUUUAACUGGGCGGAAGGAUGCAACAGAGCCAGAAUUUCCUUUCCCGGCAGAGUUCUAGACAUCCCUAGCAUGGAAAUAGUGAAAAGACCAGCGGACACUUUGAGAAAAAUAUGCGCGUUUUUACAAAUCACGUGCUCGGAGGACUAUAUCCAGGACUGCUCGAACACUGUAGACCCAGUUCCUUCUAUAACACGUGACUUUGUAGAAUGGACUGAAAAUCAAAAGACAACAGUGUAUGAACAAAUGAAAAGGUUUCCUUUUUUUGAAGGUUAUUCUUUUGAAAAGUCUGAAAAGUAA